AGGAUCUGCGCGGCACUCACUCCCCUCCGUGGUCCCCGGUCCCCGCAGUCCUUUCCCCGGGUGGGCGGGCUCAGGGCAUCCCCUGCAGCGCUUGUCCGGCGGGGCUGUGAGUCCGGAGCUAUGGGCGCUGUCAUAUCUGCCCUGCUGGUGGGGGGAGGUCUGGCCGGUGCGCUCUUCGUUUGGCUGCUGCGGGGAGAUUCCGGGGACCAGAAUGCGGGGACCGGGGAGGAGCGAGAGUUGUCGCCUGAGGAGGCUGCCGCAGCAGCCCCGAGGGGGAACGGAGGGGACGGAGGAGGGGACGGCGGGGACCCCCUUGGCCCCAAACACGAGCAGGUGGCCCAACUCAGGGAGCAGGGGGACGAAUGGAAUGUCAAGAAAGCAGCCGGAGAGCAUCAUCAGGAAAGUAAUGGACGUUUGGUGUCGGAAUCCAAGAGCAGUGACCUUGAGGGUCCAACAUGGAAACCACAGAAUAUUUCUACCCAAGACUUGGGCUGUCUGAGAUCAGGAGAGCAACUCUAUUCCACACAGUUGCAAGGGAUAGAAUCUCUGACUCUCCCGGGGCUUACUAACUCUGGGAACUACUCAGAAAUCUUAGGUAGUGAAAGCCCAGAACAUUCUCGACCAGAUCCUCUAAAAGGACAGGAGUCAUCCUCCCAGCCAGUUGUAUACUCUUCAGGGAAGUUUCCUUCUGACAAUUUAUUGGUGGACAAACAUGAAGAACGUCUGAAAACUCGACAGGUGGCAGGUCCAGAUUUGGUCGAUCAUGAAAUGAUGCCCAAGCACUCAGUGCGGAGAGAUGCUGAUAAGGGCUCUGAGCCUUCUCAUGCUGGUGUGUCUGUCCUGGAGCUCCAGACAUCGAGCCCAAACCAGAGACUAGACCAUGGAAGAGACUCCCUCAAGGAUGCCAAAGGUCAAGAGAUUCAUUUGAAAACAAAGAGAGUGGCAGCAGUGUUCCCCUUGUCUCAGCAAGUCAACGUCCAGUUUCAGGUUCAUUAUGUCACCAUGUCUGAGGCCACCGUGGUGGCAGUAACUGGUGACCAUGAGACCCUUGGCAGCUGGCACAGUUACAUCCCACUCCAGUGUGGCAAGGAUUGGUUGUGGUCCACAUCUGUCCCCUUGCCCAUGGAUACAGCGCUGAAAUGGAAAUUUGUGAUAGUGGAGAAUGGGAGCAUUGUGCGUUGGGAAGAAUGCAGUAAUCGACUCCUAGAGACUGGGCAUGAAGAUAUAAUAAUUCAUAAAUGGUGGGGCUGUCACUGACUGGUUUGGGGAAACAUUGGAAUAACUUUUAGGACUAUUGUGCUUUUUUAUUAUUACUAUAGACUUAUUCCACAAGAAUAAGAGCCCCAGGAUUAUCCUCAAUAGCUCUUUUAGCCCAUGGAAUUUAUUAAGAGUUAUUGACUGCAUUUACAUGAAGAUGCUGCUUCUGAGUGUGCCUCCUCCUUUCCCUCCCCCCCAUGGAGCUUUGCAGUGUCCCUUCUAUUGAUGUCCUCACGCUGGUCCAUUUCCACUUCAUUGCUCAGUUGCCUUGGCACAAGGAGCUGGCUAAAGGGAUCUGCCCAAUGGUCAUAGUGGGAAGCACGGCUCAAAUUUGUGUAUCAGCACUUCCUUUAAAGGUCACCUGACUCCCUGCUAGUUUAGUGAAUAAUGAUGACAUCCUUUGCACUCUGAUUCAGAGUGGAGGAAUAAUGAUGUUACCUCUCUAGUGCCUGGUACAAAUGUCUGUUGGUUGAUUGAUGGAUUAAUGAAGUGAAAAGGUCUGAUCUUCCAAAUGUCACUAGCAAAGACAUGAAGUAUUAUUUUAGGAUAGCUUCCAUAGGCUUAGGCCAAUAUUUUGAGCAUUGCUUUUGUUUAUUGGUGUGUUCUUGGAGGGAGAGGAAUGUGUAUUUUUAGCUUAGUUCUCUCGAUGACUGACAAGGUCAUGGUAAACUCCUGAUUGUGCUCCCUCUGGGGAUGGGUCAACUGAAGAAAGAUGGGAAUGUGAGUGGGAGUAGAUUCCCUAAUAGCCCUUCCUAGAGAAUCAGGAAUUGCUAGAAUCCAUGUGGAUUCAAGUAAGGCCCCUAAACCAUACACUUCUGGGUGCCCCAAUCUGGAAAGAAGACAUUUCCAACCUGGAACAUUCAUCAUCUUUUACGUCCGUCUUUCCCCACAGGCCCUGUCCAAUAUGUAUGUAAAACAUAUGUCCAUACUCACAGUUCAGGGGGCAGUACCAGGGUCUAUAAUCACAGUAUGAUGCUGGUUGUAGGUGACCUAGGACAAUACUGCUAUCCUGGGAAUUGUGGGGAAAGCAUUUUUGGAGUUGUUGGAACUAAGUAUACAAUAAAGCUUGCUAUUUGCAUAUC